AUGAAUAUGUUAGAUGAUGAAGAUGACCAAAGCUUUCACGCUACGCGUGACGGCUACUCCCAUUUGAGCGAUGUCGAAUGGGAUGCGGUUGAACGAAUGGGUUCAACCAUGGGCAUCCAUGCUGUUAGCGUCAUGCUAGAGGCUCUCAAUAGAGAUGCCCAACAUGCUACUAUCGCCAAGUUCAUUCAAAAUGAAGUUGACGCUGAACGCGAGAAAGUAGCCUUGCUUCACCAACAAGUUUCUCAACAAGCAGAGUUGUUGAGAGAACAAGGUGCUCAACAGUUUGAACUGUUGAGACAGCAGCAGGCUGCUGCUGGUGGGUCGAUGCACUCGCGUCGACCCGAAACCUUGAAGAUUGACAUCUCCAAGUAUAGGGGAGUCGAAGAGGACUCCCUCUUGAGAUGUUUCGUCGAAUUGGAUGACGCCAUAAGGGCGCGUCGCAUCGACGACGGGGAUUUGCAAGUUGCAUUUUCCCAGUCAAAUCUGGCAGGACGUGCCAAGACUUGGGCACUGGGGCUCAAGUUGCACGACCCAUAUGCGUUUGGGUCGUUGGAAGUCUUCAAGUCGCGGCUCAGACAAACGUUUGAACCGCCUAGAGCUGAGUUCAGAGCUCGAACCGACUCUUGA